CGCUCUCGUUCACCUUGAUAUGCAUCUCUACGGCUUACGCACGACUGCGCAGGACGUUCAAGUGCAGUUACUCUGACCAAUAAUCCGAUCGAUCAAGCAAUGUAUACUGGCUACGAUGGCAUUGUUGAACGCAGUAGGAGAACGCUCGAACGGACACGGACGCAGACACGUCGAUGUUGCCGUUCGAACGUGCGACGUCCGCCAUCAGGCGUCCAAUGAGAUCUAGGUCUUUUGCCAACCGGUAUGGGCUUGGGCUGUUGCAUCUGUUCACGUUGGACAUAUAAAGGUAAGUAGUGAGCUCUCCACAACACAUAUUUGUGCUGGGACGGCAUCGUGAGGCAACCGGACACUAUCACCUGCUUCUUCGAUUUUCGCACGUUUCCAUCCACCCUCACAUACCACAGUACUCAUAGACCACUUUCACAUCGCUGCCAUGUCUGUAUCUAGGCUUGUCGAUUCCUUACGCCAUCCGCCAAAAGAAACCCGACCUUCUUUCGCGGGAAGGACCAUCGUCAUCACCGGCGCCAAUACUGGACUCGGUUACGAAGCGGCACUGAAGUUCGUACAACUUGACGCGAAGCGUGUCAUUCUCGCCUGCCGUAGUGUCCAGAAAGGCGAAGAUGCCCGAGUCAAGAUCGAAGCAGCAACCACACGCAAGUCAGUGGUGGACGUUUGGGAGCUGGACAUGCUUAGCUAUAACGGCAUCCAAGCUUUCGCUAACCGUACAAAGACGGAACUUGAUCGCCUUGACAUUGUCGUCUUGAAUGCCGGUGUGGUUAUGGCGACAUAUCAAGUCAGCGACUAUGGCUGGGAGAAGACGCUACAGAUCAAUGUUUUGUCGACGUCAUUGCUCGCGAUGCUGCUUUUGCCGAAGCUGCAAGCGAGCAAAACCGCCGAAUACACACCGGUCCUCGAGCUUGUGAGCUCUGAGAUGCACGUCGGCGUCUCCAAGUUGAAGCAGCCAGAAGCGAAAGGCCAGGGCCCAUUGCAUGCCUAUAACGAACCCGAGGGCUACUUUAUGGCAACGCAAUACGCUGUAUCGAAGCUCUUCCUCGAGUAUGCGAAGGCGGCUUUGGUGCAGCUUGCUGGCGGAUCAUCAGCGGACCCAAAUGUGCUCGUCGUGUCCGUUUGUCCCGGUCCAACAAAGUCGGAUCUUGCGCGUGACUCCAAAGAGUGGUACAUGCGGGCUGCGCUGUGGGUCUUCUCGACACUGGUCCAACAUUCGACAGAAGUCGGCGCACGGAUAUACAUCAGCGGAGCCACACUUGGGCGCGAAGGUCACGGUGGCUUUUGGCGCUCAAACCAGUUACAACCGUAAGUUCUUCUCUCAUAUCCUGUAGUGUAAUUGUAAUGGCGUUCCUGACCACCUCUCUAGGCUGGCGCCAUUAGUGAAGGGCGAGCAGGGCACAAAGCUGCAGGCACAGGUAUGGAGUGAAAUUCUUGAAGCGUUGAAGCCUCACGUUCCCGAUUUGUCAAAAGUACUUGAAGCCUAGCCCCAAGGGCGGCGCGCUGUGCUGUCUUCCGGGAUGGAUAGCAUUACGGAAUGCAGCGCCAUUGUUGCCUCGUGGUACAUUGCUUUCGUAGAACUUCAUAUCAUACCAGACCCGCUCGGUAUCAGAUUUAGUCUAGACAAGAU